CCUCUCCUGUCCCUCAGCCUCCAAGAUAGAUUCUCUCAGGAGUAAGGUGGAGUUGCUCAAGCUGCCCCUCGCCCUCUCUUCCAAGUCUCUGAGCGAGCGCAAGAGCCAGCUAGGGGGCGGAGCCGGCGGUUUGACGGGCGGAGGAGGGGGCCACAAACCCCGCCCACCUGCCCACGACAACAUGGACAACGAGUCGCAGUACUCGGGCUACUCCUACAAGUCCUCCCACUCCAGAAGCUCCCGGAAACACAGGGACCGAAGGGACAGACAUCGCUCGAAGAGCAGAGACAGCAGCAGCCGUGGAGACAAGUCAGUCACCAUCCAGGCUCCCGGAGAGCCCCUGCUGGACACAGAGUCCACCCGCGGAGAUGAGCGGGAUGACAACUGGGGCGAGACCACCACCGUGGUGACCGGCACCUCAGAGCACAGCAUCUCCAACGAGGACCUGACGCGUGCCUCCAAGGAGCUAGAGGACUCCUCCCCGCUCGAGUGCCGCCGCUUUGCCGCCCCCGUGCUGAGCGGCGCCCUGGGCCUGUUCGCCCUGCUCACCCCGCUGGCCUUCCUCCUGCUGCCCCAGCUCCUCUGGAGGGACCAGCUGGAGCCCUGUGGCGUGCCCUGCGAAGGCCUCUACGUCUCCCUGGCCUUCAAGCUGCUGGUGCUGGCGCUGUCGUCCUGGGCGCUGUUCCUCCGCCCGCAGCGCGCCACACUCCCGCGCCUCUUCGUCUUCCGCGGGCUCCUCAUGGCGCUGCUGUUCCUGUUCGUGGCGUCCUACUGGCUGUUCUACGGCGUGCGGGUGCUGGAGCCGCGCGAGCGCGACUACCGGGGCAUCGUGGGCUACGCGGCGUCGCUGGUGGACGCGCUGCUCUUCAUCCAGUACCUGGCGCUCGUGCUGCUGGAGGUGCGGCAGAUGCAGCCCGCCUUCUGCCUCAAGGUGGUGCGCACCACCGACGGCGCCAGCCGCUUCUACAACAUCGGACACCUCAGUAUUCAGCGUGCAGCGGUGUGGGUGUUGGAACAGUACUACAGUGACUUCCCAGUCUACAACCCAGCACUGCUCAACCUGCCCAAGUCCAUCCUCUCCAAGAAGAUGUCCGGCUUUAAAGUCUACUCCCUAGGUGAAGAGAACAGCACCAAUAACAGCACUGGGCAGUCGCGGGCCAUGAUUGCUGCGGCGGCCCGGAGGCGGGACAACUCUCAUAACGAGUACUACUAUGAAGAGGCCGAGAUGGAGAGACGCGUACGCAAGCGCAAAGCAAGACUGGUGGUGGCGGUGGAGGAGGCCUUCACGCACAUCAAGCGGCUGCAGGACGACGAGCCGGCCGCCUCCUCGCCCAAGCACCCGCGGGAGGUGAUGGACCCGCGCGAGGCCGCCCAGGCCAUCUUCGCGCCCAUGGCCCGCGCCAUGCAGAAGUACCUGCGCACCACGCGCCAGCAGCCCUACCACAGCAUGGAGAGCAUCAUCGCCCACCUGCAGUUCUGCAUCACACACAACAUGACACCCAAGGCGUUCCUGGAGCGCUACCUGACCACUGGCCCCACCAUGCAGUACCAGCGCGAGAGCUCCAGCAGAGGCCGCCAGUGGACGCUGGUGAGCGAGGAGCCGGUGACGUCGGCCCUGCGGCAGGGCCAAGUCUUCUCCCUGCGGCGCCUGGACUUCUCCCUGGUUGUCACUGUCACCUCCUUGCCCUUCCUCAACCUGGGCGAGGAGUUCAUCGACCCCAAGAGCCACAAGUUUGUCAUGCGGCUGCAGUCCGAGACCUCGGUUUAAGCUUCACGGGCUGAUGUGUACACAACAAAAGCAAAAUUACCAACGAAAACAACACACUUUAUGGUUGCAGUCGCAGACCUUGGCUUAAACUAAACAAACAUCAACAACACAGUUUACAGCUGCACACAGACCUCGAUUGAAGCAGAAGUGACAGCAACAACACUCUUUGCGAUGACAGACGGAGAUUCUUGGAUUAAGUAAAAGCAACAUCAACUGCAGUCAGAGACACUAGGAUUAAGCCACAACACUGUUGAUGGCUGCAGUAGCAGACCUCGCAUUUAGCGAAAGACGCAGCAAAAACACUGUAACACCAUUUGGAGACGCUAGGUUUAAACAACAACACUAACAGGAGCAUUGAAAGCAGCCGCAAAAAGGAGCAGGAAGUUGGAGGGACUGUGGGCCGGGGGUGGCUGUGGCGCGACACAUGAACAUUGACAGGAUGGUGGGGGUGGAUAAGCAAAGGGUGAGAGACAGAAAACGGAGAAAUGGGGAAAAAAAGUGAGAACCGGGUGGGUGUGAAGAAACGAUGGAAAGGAAAAUAAAACAAAAAACUGGAGUGGAUACAGAGGGUUCGAACCACUCAUCAACUUUGGGUUUUUGCACCAACAAUGUGUUUCGUCUAUUGGUUUUUAAGUUCAGUCUUUCCUUUUUCUUCCAGUCUCCCUUAUUAUUUUCUGGAAGAGCCCGUUUUUGUAUUUUUCAUGUCUCCACCGUCUGUGGAAUACUUUGUGUUGGCUCACACCAUGGCUCCAUACGUGUCUUCAGUUCGGUUAAAAAUGUAUCUGAAAUGACACAAAAAUCUGAGUUGUUUGAAGUGCAUCUUAUUUCCAGUGGCGGACAUCACUGUUAACUUUUCAGCACUCACACAAGCGGUUAAUGGGACACAAACAACAAAAUCCACAAAGCACACUGAAAACGACAAGAAAGCCGGACUUGGAUCUGUUUUUCUUCUUCUUCUUCUUCUUCUCCAGUUCCUCAAGUGUCAUGGAUCAUUCCUUCGAAAUGUCCUGAUUUCCAAGACCAGUGCCAUAUGACACUUAUUGGACCAAUUCCACUACCGUUUUUUUGUCAAAACACUACCUUGAAACUGUGAAUACUUCUUUUCUUUCCCCAUAAUCUGGUAAGACUUAUGGUCGGUCCACUCCAAUUAAAGAGUUUCAGGUCAUCGGUGCAUGGCAUGUUGUUUUUUUCCUGAUUGUAUUAUGUUUUUGUUUUAAUUAUUCCAGUCGUAUCUUCAAUCACCUCAUUCCUUUAACACUGACCAAUGAAUUGGAGCAAUCAAAGGACACUACAAAUGACUCGGUCAAAAAGCUGUGUGUCUUGGCUUGUUCUCGUCACUGUCUGGUUAGUGGCCGGCUUUAAACAAUGCAUUCUGGACGUGCAAAUGGUGACGCAUUUGCGCAGUAUCAUCUGAAUGUCGAAGAAUGCACGAACCAUACACAAGUGCAGGUGCACUUUUGGACCAAAAACUUUAAAAACUUAACACUUUCAACUCAGUUCAGAAUAUAACACCUAUUUCAAGUCCACAAUGUAUUGGUUUAAGUCAACCACUCACAAAACGGAUGAAUUUAAGCGAGCCCAAUCUCUCUCUCUCUCUCUCUCUCUCUCUCUCUCUCUCUCUCUCUCUCUCUCUCUCUCUCUCUCUCUCUCUCUCUCACACCAACAUGGCUGUCAACACUGUUUGCACCCUCUCUGCUCGUGUUUCCUCUUCGCCCUUUGCAGUGGGGAGCGAGGCUUGAAUGUCUUGCAGCAUCGCGUCUGUACUACUUGUUCUCUUGUGUCGCUGUGUGGACAUUUUUUAUUAUAUCUUUGCUAACUGAUUGUGCAACUUUUGUUGUUGUUUGUAUUUUUUUCCCUGAGAUGUUCUGGGCUGUUUUCUUUUUUUAGUCUUUUGCCUGUACAUGAGUAGUGUGUAUAAGUAUCAUGACAUCACUGAAAAUGGUCCCUGACCGCUGCACCCCCCCAACUUCCUCUUUUAUUAUAAUUUUUCCAUUUUUUUAACCAGGUGAUGUGACACUAUGCACUAUGGAUUUGCUUGUUGUGAAAGACUGACGGAGAUCACCAGAUGUCAUAUAUAUGAGCUUAUGUGUAACAUCCUUUUUGCCUCCCAGAUGCUGCAACAGGCAAAAACAAAUGAGUGAGGAAAAAUAACACGAAUGAGUGAUCCAUCCGUGUAGGAGUGGGGUGGGUGUGUGGCGUAAGUGGGUGGCGUAACUGUGGACUUGAUGGAAAUAGUGAUGAUUUUGGCCUAUCUGGCCUGAAAGAAAAAAAAAAGUACAUUGAAUGACUUUCAUUCAUUUCACUGCGUGAAUGCGUACUGCGUCGUGGGUGUGGGAGAGUGGCGAAUGGGUAGACUAUGAAUGAGUACUGGUGAUUUAAUUGUGUUUGUGAGAACUGCCAAAAAAAACCUCUAGUUUUUCCCUGCCAGUGUGUCGCAGUGACCAGUGUCAUCCAUAUUGAUGACACAACAUGACACCCUUCACUGUGCUAUCUCCCCUUCCCCCCACAGACACAGACAUGGACAAAUACGUGUGCACAUAUCACGUUAUGUAGCAGUGUGUACGUUCUUAAUUUAGCCGAUGGGUUGGGUGUUGAAUUCAAGGAAGUUUUGCUGUCAUGAUGAUUGACAACAAACCUCACUCUGGGGCUCUAAUGGCAUAACUUCAGGGUUAACAUCAACUGAAGUUAGACAACUGGAUAAAACUAUGAACACUGACAACAACAACAAAAAAACUGAAAGGAUGAUUGUGAUUGGAGAUGUGAUUUACAUGACAAACAAAUGUAGCUGGAAUGAUCUUUUGGCCUUUAACUGUUUACUUUAUAUUGUAUUGUUUUCUGAAUGCACUGCAAGGUGUGCAUUUUUCUGCCUUAACAUUGAUAGGAACCAAGAGUUGUCCUCUUGGCUUCUUCUUUCAUAUUGGAGCAGUUGUAACGAACAGGAAUGCACUGUUUGGCAGCUCUGAGACACUGUAGUUCCUCCUUCCCCGCUUCCCUUGCGAUCUUCCUUUUUGUACAUAGCCUUUGACUUGUUUCUUUUUUAUAUACCUAAAAAGGCUGGAUCAGUUUUAUAUUAUGGUCAUGUAGUGUUUUCAGAAGAAAAAAAAAUCUGAACUUUGAGCAUUGGAAAAAGUAAUGUGCAGAGAAUUAAAAACAAACUCGCAAUGUCAUUCUCAUAUGCAUGUGGAUAGUUGAUGAAGUUUUGUAAUUUUGGUAUUUGUUGCCUCAUUUUUAUCAAUCUGAUGUCUUAAAUGAAGCUAAGCCUUUAACAUCUCUGUUUCUUUUAAAGUACAAAAAACAUGGUGUGUUGUAAAGAGAUUUGUAGAUUUUCUUUUUAUUGUGUGAGGAUUUUCUUUUUUUAUCAUUUGAUAAUUUUAGGACUAAAAUUGUUCAGUAACGCCUUUUUAAUAAAUGAUUCUCAUCAUGG